UACAGUCCCAUAAUGGAAUUGCAAAAUAUUUGCUCCAUUAGCGAGGUUAAGCGUUUUACGCCUUUCAGCGUUGACGAUUUGUUGCCUGUUCCGUACAGUCAAACCUCUCCAGCAAGUUCAAGCGAAGGCUCUCCUAAUUCAAAAGCAUCUUCCAGCCAGCACUCGAGCCCACAAACUUCCUCUGAAAGUGAUACUUCAUGUGAUACAGACUCACUCACACCAAAGUCAAUGCCUCGUUUUUCACCGAAACUACAACCGACAAGAAAGAACCGAACGUCUUUUACAAAUGGCCAAGUUCUUGAAAUGGAAAGAAUGUUCGAGAGAAAGCAAUAUCUCGAGGCUAAUGACCGUCAUCUGCUAGCAGUGAGAAUUGGAAUAACCGAAACACAAGUAAAAACAUGGUUUCAGAACCGAAGAAUGAAGAGAAAAAGAAAACGAACCGAAGAAACACAGUAUUACACAAAACUGGCUUUCGCGAACCGAUUAGCCAGCGGUCUUCCCCAACCUGGUAUUCAUGGCUACCAGCCACCUCUUCAUCCAAGUAUGCUAUCAUUUCCUAAUUURGAAACAGCAAGAUUUUCCACUGAUUUMUCAGCAUUGCAGCCUUUUUCUGUUCCGYCAUUUUAUCCUGGAGUUGAGAUUCCAUCCGAGGUCCCAGGCUCAAGAUUUAUUUGCCCGCCUCUUUGUGGCGAGUGCCCUGGUACCGACUGCAAUGCCAUUCCACGGUACAGCUAUCCCUCAAUGCCGAUGGUGUGUCCUCCACAAGAUUAUGCGAUUCCUCGUUAAGUAAUGAAGAUUA